AGUGGCCAGCGAUGCGGUGGUUUUAACGCGAUGGCAAUGGGCCUGCCGCUAUGGUUGUGGCUGUUGGCGGCAGUGGCCGCGGCAGCAGCCGUGGCCGGCGAACACGAGCGGCACCUGGACGUGUCGGAGUCGGCGCCCGUGGGCACGCGGAUCGGUUUCAUCGGUGACGGGUCCAAAGACAGCGGUCCACCGUACCUGAUCGUGCCAGUGCCGGGCAGCGCGGUGGACACGGAUCUGGUGGCCGAUCAGAAUACGGGCGAGAUCAGGACACGCGUACCGCUGGACCGGGAGACGCGAGCGUCGUACACGCUGGUGGCCAUACCGCUGAGCGGCGACAACGUGCGCGUGGUGGUGCGCGUGGUGGACGAGAACGACAACGCGCCCACGUUCCCGAGCGCGAGCAUGCACGUGGAGUUCCCGGAGAACACGCCGCGGGACACGAAGCGCGCGCUGAACCCGGCCAAGGACCAGGACCUGGGCGCGUACAACACGCAGCGGUACGCGAUCGCGGCGGGUAACGCGAACAACGCGUUCAGGCUGUCGUCGCACCGGGAGAAGGACGGCGUGCUCUACCUGGACCUGCAGAUCAACGGGCAGCUGGACAGGGAGGCCACGGCCGCGUACCAGCUGGUGGUGGAGGCGUACGACGGCGGCGUUCCGCCGCUCAAGGGCACCAUGACGGUGAACGUGACGGUGCUGGACGUGAACGACAACCAGCCGGCGUUCAACCAGAGCCGGUACUACGCGACGGUGCCGGAGAACGCGACCGUGUCCACCAGCAUACUGCGGGUGCACGCGACCGACGUGGACGACGGCGACAACGGCGUGGUCGAGUACUCCAUCAACAGGCGGAUGAGCGACCGGGACGGGUACUUCGCCGUGGAUCGGCACACCGGCGUCAUCACGGUGAACAGGCCGCUGGACUACGAGACGCGCGACGUGCACGAGCUGGUGGUGGUGGCCAAGGACCGCGGCGACCAGCCGCUGGAGACCACGGCGUUCGUGACGGUGCGCGUGGUCGACGUGAACGACAACCAGCCGGACAUCAACGUGAUAUUCCUGAGCGACGACGCGACGCCCAAGAUCUCGGAGCGCGCGCAACCGGGCGAGUUCGUGGCGCGCAUCUCGGUGCACGACCCGGACUCCAAGGAGGAGUACUCGGACGUGAACGUGACGCUGCACGGCGGCGACGGCCAUUUCGGGCUGACCACGCAGGACAACAUCAUCUAUCUGGUGAUCGUGGCGCUGCCGCUGGACAGGGAGUCGCGGCCCAACUACACGCUGAGCGUGAUCGCCACGGACGCGGGCAGCCCGCCGUUGCACGCGUCCAAGACGUUCCACCUGGUGGUCACGGACGUCAACGACAACCGGCCCGAGUUCGCCGCGCCCGAGUAUUGGGCCAGCGUUUCGGAGACCGCGGAGCCGGGCACGUCCGUCACCCGCGUCACGGCCACCGACAACGACGUGGGCGACAACGCCGUGGUCACGUACAGGAUGCGCGAGCCGUCGCCCCAAUGGUUCCACGUCGACCCGCAGACCGGCGUCGUGGUGACGCGCGACCGUCUGGACUGCGAGCGCGACCCCGAGCCCACGUUCGUCGUGCUGGCCGUCGACAACGGCCGGCCGCAACAGCUGACCGGCAGCGCUACGGUGCACGUGACCAUACACGACCUCAACGACAACGAGCCCAUAUUCGACCAGAGCUUCUACAACGUGCAGGUGUCCGAGGACAGAGCCGUCGGAUCGUGUGUGCUAAAGGUACGUGAGAACCCAACCGUAUUUGUACGCAAUUUACUGUCGACGCUGUAG